AUAGCUUCCCUCCCCCCAUAAUACCUACCAUUUUCAAAUUCAUUGAUUAAGCAUUUCAGCUGCAACCUCCCAUCCCAUCCCCUAUUGAAUCUUCAUCUAGCUUCCAGCCUUUAUUUUGGGAACAAAAGAAAAUGGCGCAAACCACCGCGAACCACACCCAGACCGUCACCGGUUGGGCGGCGCGUGAGGCUUCCGGCAAAACCACACCGUUCACCUUCAGACGAAGAGAGAAUGGGCCAAAGGAUGUGACUAUAGAGAUAUUGUUCUGUGGAAUGUGCCACACUGAUCUCCACUACAUCAACAAUGAUUGGGGCAUCACUAUGUACCCUGUUGUCCCUGGGCAUGAAAUAACAGGGAUUAUAAGUAAAGUGGGAAGUGAGGUGAGGAAUUUCAAGAUUGGAGACAGAGUAGGGGUAGGGUGCUUGGCUGCAACCUGUUUGGAGUGUGAAUUUUGCAAAGGGUCCCAAGAGAACUAUUGUGACCAAGUCCAGUUCACCUACAAUGGCAUCUUCUGGGAUGGCUCCAUUACCUAUGGUGGUUACUCCAACAUGCUGGUUGCUGAUCAUAGUUUGAAAGGUAAAAAAGAAUGGAGGGAUUAUUUCCAUGGCUAAAGACCUCAUCAUUCAUUUAUUUUUCUCAAUUUCUCACCAAACAACAAAAUGUCAGAAUUGAUUUCAUUUUCUAAUCACACCAAACUCUUAUUUCAAAUGUCACACCCAUAUUAUUUCUUCAGAAUUUCAGAACACAUAUCAUAUCAAUGCUACAAAUCUCACCAAACAUGUUUAAGUGAAACCAAACAGCGAUUUACCUCUUCACAACCUGUCGAGUCAAGGUGUGGAGCCCUAAAGACCAAGGGAUAUGCUGUAAAACCUAAUAAGUUGUGGGUGUAGCU